CACGACUGGUCCAUUUUCAUUACAUUUGGUCACAUUCACCGAGCUGAAUCAGAUACAAAUGGCGAUGGAGGGGCAUCGGGGUUCUCAACACUGGAUUCAGUGACGUUCUUUCGUACUACAGCGUGAGGUCACGGUCACAUAUUAUCCUGGAAUCCCCGUGUCUGACAACGCAGCUAUGAGUGGCGCCGGAGGAAGCUACCAAGUCUCCUGGCAGCCCCUGCUAGCCCAACUCAGUGCCCUGGCGACGCGAGCAAAGGAAGGGACAUCCGCUAUCCCCACCAAAGAUGCCCAGUCUGGCCAGAAGUCGAAAGAAUACUUUUACAUAAGAGGUGCUGGGAUGCCCAGAUCGGACAACAUAGCUAUGAGCAGGUCCACGCUGGUCCAAGUCAGUUCUCGGGCAAUGCAUUCAGAGGAAGAGGGUACACUCUCUCAGUAUGGCUCACUGAAGUCGGAAGAUGACUUCAUAACGAUAGAUAAAGGGGACAAAAAUGAGAAUGAGCAACCGUUAACAGUUGAAAGGGCUUCGAUAAACACAUCUAUACGCAUAGAUUCAGUACAGCCGCUAACAUCAUCUGUAGAAGCUCAGGACAAGAGAAACGACACAAGACAAAGCUCUUAUCUAAUACCCCUUUCGACAAUUCAACAGCUAUUUCUCCAAGAUAGAGACACAGCCAGACACACUCUGUGUAGUAAACUGGAAACGAAAGGGUUUAAGGCAACAUUUCGAUUUCAACAAGGAGAGGUUGACAUUAAGUCCCAAGGAGUAAAGGGGCACGGUAAAGCUCUGGAUGUCAUCGCCAGCUCGGUCUUAGAGAUGGAACUCACCUUCAGCAGUGAUGAACUGGAACAGAUGGCUCAAGUGGCUGAUAUCCAUCAGGUUGGUGUGCCACAGUUGUCCAUCGACCAGGACGUGCUUGUCGUCAUUGAUAAGACCAACGGAAGUUUGAAGCUUGUUGGCAUGGCAGACACUAUCAAUGUGCUGAAGGAAACGCUUAAUAAUUUACGAGAAAUGUGGGACACCAGUCACAAGAAGAACCAAGAAAAACAGAGAUCACCAAGGAUAUCUACAUCCAUCCUUAGAGGUAAUCGGCCACGAAAAACAUCUGCUCAAAAACAGGCUUCCCUCUACCAAAGUAGGACCAGCGUUCCAGAGGAAGAAAACCCAGCUCCAAUUAGCCAUCUGUUGGACAACGCGACAUCAAUCCAAAGAGAUCAAGAACCACAGAGAACAUUAACACAAGAACAGCCAUCACUGCACCCAAAAGUUGAUGAUGUUCCAAAGAAAGAAGAUUCAGCUAGUCGUGUUGCUACUGAAUUGUUGCCCGUUGAUGAAGGACACCUGAGAUAUCUAUGUUUACACAAACGGGAUGAGAUCCAGAAAAUAGAAAAGGAAGAAGAUGUGACCAUCUCUGACAGUGAACGUGGAUACGAGGUUAAAGGUCACGCGGUUGAAGUUAUGUGGGCUACUGUAAAAAUGCGUGAUCUCGUUGAUAAAGUGAAAUGCUCCACAUUCAGUUUUGAGACUGGGGUCGAUGUAAGGAAAUUUGCUGAAACUGUUGUAACCAUUGGCAAAAAACAUAAAUGUCUUAUUGCGUAUAAGCCGAAUGUAAAAACAGUGGACAGUCGACCUAGAGCACAAUCUGCAGUUCCAUUUACACAAGAAAAUCAAGGACUUAAAGUGACCGUUGUCUUCAAUAGGAUAGAAAAACAAAACGCUGAUGUCAUAGUAAAUACAACCAACAGACAACUGAACCUGAGUUCCGGGUUUGGUGUGUCCUACAGCCUGCUGAAGGCGGCUGGUUCCGACAUACAGACAUGCUUAAGCCACACCUAUCCUAACGGGAUAGAUCACGGUGAUUUGGCGGUGGGUCGUUCUGGAAAUCUUGAAACUUGUAAAAAGAUCUACCACGGAUGUCUUCCAUUCUAUAAAGGGUUCAACGACACAGCACCCCCUUUAAAGUGUUACAAGUUGCUGUGGUCUCUGGUGUUCCGAUGUCUCAUCCAGGCCUGCAAGGAUGGAUUUCAGACAAUUGCUCUGCCAGCAUUCGGCACAGGAGCCCUACAGUAUCCUACCAAGAAUGUUGUACAGCUCAUGUAUCAUGCCAUUGAUGUGUUCACCCAAGACAGAAGACAGAAAUCGCUGAAGGAAAUAUUCAUAGUUAUCAGCCUUGAGUCAACGCAAGAUGUCAAGCAGCUGUUUCUCGCUCAUCGUAUCACUCACAAGCUCAAGACAAGAUGGCUGGAAGCACCCCCAGAAGACCGACUUGGAUUCUUCUAUAACCUCUUCAGGCCGAGAAGAAAUAGCAAUUUACCUGGCUUCUUGGAAAGAGAGGUACGGAAACCGGUCGGGACCAAGUGCGAGUUGAGAGUCAUGAUUGCAGACACACUAGUCCAGAUUAUUAAUGGGGGCAUCAGAGAGGUGUCUAACGCCACGCAGACUGCGCUCUUGGUGCUUAGAGAGGACACAGACGGCGUUAACGACGGCGUUAAGCCCGGACGAAUCAUUCGCAUCUAUGGCGACAGCGAGGCCGGUAUGGGAGAGGCAUUAGCGACAGGGCUACGUGUAGCUACCGAGAAGAAGUGGUACCAUGUGGUCAUACCACUCCCACCUGAAGGCAUUAGCUCACCUGAGGAAACAGCCGCCGUCAUUGUUGCUGUCAUAAAACGUCAUUCCUGUGUCCUGACAAUUGCUGUUCCCAAUAUGAAGUGCUACAUCGAUAUAGCAACUCGGAUAGCGAGACAUGGACAAGUGCAGAAGCCCCAUGACGUUGUCCUUGUUGAUCAACCGAGUUCCCAUACUCCAUUUGGUCACGAAAGGUUCAACCGUCAACGCUCUGACAGCUUUGGAGCGACGCUUACCACAGCGUUGGAUGCCGGCAUGGUCGUCACGUCAGAUUCGGAGGAGACGAACAGGAACGCCGUCAGGGACGUGGAGAGGGAGCUGCACGUGGAGCUGAAUAUUGUAACUGAUCAAGCUACUUUUGUCAAGGCUACAAUGUCUUCAGGGCGCUUUCUGAGCUUGGGCAGAAGUCCUGUCUUACAGAUGCAAGCCUUUCUCGAAGAUGACAGUGAAAGCUUCGUGAUAAUCACAGAGGAAGGAGAAACGGGUGACCCCUCCAGCCUCAGCGAUCCACAUACACAUCGUAUACCACUGUCCCCUGUCCAGCUGCAGUACUUGAAGAGCAAGCCAGCAGCGACACAAAUUGUGUCCCAAAAGUUGAAUAAUGAAGGCUUCAGAUGCAAGUUUGACUUCAAUGAAUCUACUGUUACCAUCUCGACAAGCGGGUCCAAGAGCGAUGACCAGGCCCUACAAAUGAUCAAGGAAAGCAUAGUGGAGAUGGACUUCUCCACUGAAGAGAUUCCCUUGUUGAAGGAGGGUGGGGUGGAAGCCCUACCAGCAGAAGGACCAGGGAAUCUGGAAGUUCUUAUUGUCAGAAUGGGAUCUGUGGUGAAGGUUGUUGCCUUGGCUGAUGCGGCGAUAAAGUUGGGACACAGUUUGCAACGGUCGCGGGAUAUGCUACAAUCCAUUCAACCAGCACCUGCUCGAGACAAUGGAAGCGAAACGAUUCUAAUGUCCGAGGAUUGUGCCAACUAUCUCACCCAAUACAAAUGGACAGAGAUGAAAGUAUUGAUGAAAGGGUUUCCUAGUGUUGUGUUGACAAGAGCAGGCAAUUCAAUGGAGGUUAAAGGGCCACGAAUGCAAGUCAGGGGAGCAGUACAAGUCGUCAACGAUGAAGUGGAACGUGUCAACAGCUUCCCCAUAACUCUAGGUCCUGGAAUAAGCAUCCUAGCUGUGGCAAAUGUAUCCCAGCGAGUUGGCGUGAAGCACCAAUGCAUCAUAGCUCCUCAACAACAAAUUGGCUUCAUGGAACAAACUCAGUCCCUAACACUAGACUCCCUUCGGAUGAGUAUGUCAUCAGCCCCGAGGAAAACAAAGGUCAAAGUUGUCAUGAAUGCACUUGAACGACAAAAGGCUGAUGUUAUUGUCAAUACAACCAACGAGGCGUUGAAGUUGGGUGUGGGACACGGCGUGUCCUGGUGCAUCCUUCAGGCUGCUGGGGAACGCAUCCAGGAACAGCUGACGAGAGAAAAUCCCAAGGGGAUCGGCCACGGUGAAGUAGCUGAAUCUGGCCCUGGGAACAUCAAGACGUGUAAGGCCAUCUAUCACGGAUCUCUGCCAGGUUUUCCGGUGCCAGAAAGUCCGAACUACCAACAAGAGGAGGACGAUUGUUUUAAGUGGAUGGUAUCCCUGGUUUUCAACUGCCUGAUCAAAGCAUCGGCGAAGGGCUGCAAGACCAUUGCCUUCCCAGCUCUUGGCACCGGGUUCCUGAAGUAUCCUGUCCAGCAUGUUGUCCAGCUGAUGUACAAGGCAAUACGGCUAUUCAAUGACGACAAGAGAUCUGGAGCCAUCAGAGAGAUCUUCAUAGUGAUCCUCCCGGAAACGCAGCUCUCAGUCAAACAGUUGUUCCUGGCGCACCGUCAUACCUACAAACUGAAGACAAAACACCUUGCAGCUGUGGAACAGUUUCACGAGGUGAAGAGAUCGGAACAAAACCGCAAAUGCGAGAUCCGUGUACAAAUUGGAAACACCUUGCUUCAAGUUGUACAAGGCAGUGUAGGCGAAGCAAGAGAAGUGACAGAAGCUGUCCUCGUUCUGUGGAAUGAUACGCAAAUAGAAAAUGUAGCUGCCAAUCCAGGACUUACCUGCACAGAUGCUGACAAGACUGACUGGCAGUGUUCAUCCUACGUCUCUGAACUUAAUGAGAGAAUAUGUGCCCACGACAGCACCAGCCUGCCAUUUGCAACUCUGUUACAUUCCUACUGCCCAAACAACCAAGAAAGCACCGUCGUCGACGCCAUAGCAGAAGGGAUCAGAAACGCUGCCAAAAUAAAAUGCAACACCAUCACGGUACCAAUAGCACCUUCUGGUGAAAUUGCUAAAAGACCGAACACCGCUGCCCAAAUGGUCUUUAAAGGUGUGAAGAAGGCGAGCGACACUGUCUGUGUGGUCACCGUCAUUAUACCCGAUGAACACGUGUUCCAACCAUUCAGCAACAGAAUCGCAGAACUGACUCUGAAACAGAUGCAGGUUCCGGCGGACAUUGACAAGUCUCCCGUAGCAGUUGAUCUAUGGGAGAAGACAUAUGCCGACAUGGCCUCCCAGACGCAGACCAGCAGACUGACAGCAAUGGUCGUAACAAUUGCCGACUCGAAGUACUUUGUUACGUCAGACUCAGAGGACAAAAAUAAGAUGGCGGCCGAUGACUUUAAGAAGGAGCUGAUCAAGGAGCUGCCGCGUAACACCAGUCACAGUUACAUCCGACUCGGGUGAACAACGCACGGAAGAAGCCACAGACAGUAUGUGAUUUGGAGGACCUUCGGUAUAUUUGUGAAUGUCUUUUAACAUUUUUCUAUAUCACUGUAGGUUAACUCAAGUCCAUUCAUGUUACGUAUUAAUGCAAUCUAUCCAAUUUGUAAUUUGUUUGUGAUUGUGAUUGUGUUUGCUUGUUGUUUAACGUUGUUGUUUGUUGUUAAACGUCGCACUCAGCAAUAUUCGAAUUAUAUGACGGCGGUCUGUAAAUAAUUGAAUCUGGAC